AUGAAGGUCAAUUUCAAGGACCUCAAGCAGCAGAAGUUCACCAUCGAGUUUGAGCCCACCGAUCUCAUCUCGACGGUGAAGCAGAAGCUCUCUGAGGACCAUGGCUGGGAUCCUGCGCUCCAAAAGCUCAUCUAUUCAGGCAAGAUUCUGAAGGAUGAGGAUACCAUCGAGUCUUGCAAGAUCGAGGAAAAGGGCUUUGUUGUUUGUAUGGUGAGCAAGCCCAAGGCGCCCAAGCCAGCUCCUGCCGCCGAGUCUUCUUCCGUCGUCCCGGCCACACCUGCUCAAGCCGCCUCGGCCUCUACCCCAGCGCCCCCAGCUGCCCCAGCUCAAGUAUCAAAUGCCGCCUCAGCUGCUCCUGCCACCCCCAGCCCAAAUCGGACUAGUGGUGCCCCCAACGACUCGAGUGCUCUCGCUAUGGGAGAGCAGCGUGCGCAGGCUAUUGCCAACAUGGAGGCCAUGGGUUUCGAGCGAUCCCAGAUCGACGCUGCUAUGCGUGCAGCCUUCUUCAAUCCCGAGCGUGCGGUUGAGUACUUGUUGACGGGCAUUCCCGAGAACGUUCAACAACAAACAACUGCCCAGCGCGUGGGUCAUGCCAUCCCCCCCCCCGCCCCUGCGCCUGCUGUUGAGGCUGCUGGUGACCUUGAGGGGGAAAAUUUGUUUGACCUUGCUGCUCGUGCUGGUGGUGCCCGCAGCGGAAGUGGUGGAACUGCUGCCGCCGGAGCGAGCGCACAAGAUCUUGGCAACCUAAGCUGGCUUAGACAGAACGCUCAGUUCCAACAGCUUCGCCAAGUCGUCCAACAACAGCCCGGCAUGCUCGAGCAGAUUCUUCAGCAGCUCAGUGCUGGUAACCCACAACUCGCCCAGACGAUCGCCCAGAACCCCGAGCAGUUUCUCCAGUUGCUUAGUGAGCACGGUGAUGACGAUGCGCCGCUCCCCCCUGGAGCCCACCAGAUUUCGGUCACAGAGGAGGAGCGUGACGCCAUUGAGCGGUUGACUCGGCUAGGAUUCAGCCAGGACCAGGCCAUCCAGGCGUAUUUUGCCUGCGAGAAGAACGAGGAGUUGGCUGCGAACUUCUUGUUCGACCAGCCCGAUGACGAUGAUGAUGACAUGGGCGGCACCGGUACUCACUAAUUUUCUUCUAAUUCGCCUUUGCUUUGGGAUUGCAGGGUUAUUCGGGAUAUCCAGGCAGGAAUGGUUAUGCGGGGUGGAGAUGGGCGGAGGCUUUUAGCUUUUUGUUUUCACUGGUGAUGUGAGGCAGGCAGAAAGUUAAAAGCGAAGGUCUAUUAUUGAUAACAAGAUACCAAACAGCUAGGUUUUUUUCCGACUGGAAGUCUGAGUGCCAGUGAUCUGUGAUGCUAGACUCUGGGGAUGGAAGACGGGAAAAAUUUGAGGUGGAGGGAGAGAGAGAGAAAGUGCUCAACAUCUCUUUUAUGCCUGCCAGUGAUAUGAAGGGUUGAG